GAAAGGCAAGCUUCGAAUCUGUUUAAAGGAAGUUGGAAAGGAAAGCUGGGAGAACGAAGAACUCUGUGAUAGAUUUUGCACUACAUUUUAGUGAGCAAUCAGGAACAACUAUGACGUCAGAAAGUGCAAGACACAAAUUAUAGCAAAAAUAAUGGUUUAAAAAAAGAUGUGCUACAUGUGCAGCACAGGUGUGUCCUCUGGGCAUCUCAUGGAUAAUGCUGGAAAACAUGGGGAAGAAAUAUCGAAACCAAGGCAAGCUCAAGGAGGCCUUGAUGAUGGACUUGCACAUUUCUUUCACAUAGCUGCAGGUUGUGGCAGACAAGCCAGCUUUGCUCCGACAAAUGCUACACAAGAGGUUGCUGCUGUCGGUGAACUCCCGUGGAUGGUGUCCCUGCAGGAUCAGGACAGCCACAUCGCUUUUGGCUCCAUCCUAAGUAAAUACUGGAUACUGAGCGCAGCCUCCAGUUUCCACAGCAGGACCCAGAUCUCAGCCCUGGCCAGAGGCUCGGAUCUAAAAGGGCACAGGAACUCCCUGGUGCCCAUCCAGACCAUCAUCCCCCACGAGGCCUUCGACGAGAUCACCCUUGUCCACAACAUCGCUCUGCUGGAGGCAAGCCCUCCCCUCCAGCUUGGUGAGGCAACGCAGCCCAUCUGCUUCCCCACACCAGACUUCCCUGUGGCAACGCUGGAGAAGUGCUUCGUGGCGGGCGGGCUAGAUCCGCGAGGGAACGGUCCUCUGCAGAAGCUCUCGGUGGAAGACGUGGACCCCUGUCCCUUGCACAGGACCAUGAGCACAGAUUGUUGCAGCCACCGGGAAGGUGACAGUGUGCCUGGAUGCCUGGGGUAUGCAGGCAACCCAGUCCUGUGCAAGGCAGAAGGAAUGUGGGUGCUGAAGGGUGUGCUGAGCGAGGGGGGCACCAGAUGCCACGGGCCAUUCCUGUACAGCCGGGUCCUCUACUACAGCGACUGGAUUGCAACCACUACAGCAAAAUGGGGGGCUCCGGCUUCUCCCUUUCCUGGCCAAGGGUAUUCAGCCUUCAGGGCUCUGGCGGAGGAACACGAGGGGUUGCUGUUCGAGCCCUCUUUGGAGCUGGGAGCCUGGAACGCCUCCAGUGCCUCGGACGAUCCUCAGAGCCGGAGUCUUUCGGAGAUGCUGAAUGAGAGUGGCCCAGGCCUCCCCGAAAGGCCGGACGAGUCGCGAGCAAAUCCCCCGCUCUACUAUGACUACUACGGUGGGGAGCUGCUCCCCGUUUCUUCCGCAGAGCCCGGCUGGCCCAGGGGGCUCGGGGGCCUUGUCUGCUGGGGCCUCCUGCUGCACCUCCAGGCUUGCUGA